UCCCCUCCCAGAGCAGAAACGCAAGGAAAAAAAAAACAAAGCUUCAGAGCUACAUAGAGACAGAGAGAGGUGAACAAAACCACCCAAAAAAAUAAACAACAGGGGCUGCAACGAGGAGACAAACAAAGAAGGAGGGACAUCCAGGGGAGGGGAUGAUGUCCGAGGGCGAGGAGCACGGGUCGCUGCUGGAGAAGAUCAACGAAAAGAUCCAUGAGUACAAGAAAUCGUCGUCGUCGUCGUCUUCCUCGGACUCCGACGACGACAAGAAGCACCACCACAAGUCCAAGUCUAAGAAGACGCGGCUGUUCGGCCGGACGAACCCGCUGCAUCACGUCCUAGGAGGAGGCAAAGCUGCUGACCUUGUGCUGUGGAGGGACAAGCAGACGUCAGGGAGCAUUCUGGCAGGUGUGACAGUGAUCUGGUUGCUGUUCGAGGGCAUUGGCUACCACCUCCUCACCUUCUUCUGCCACUCGCUCAUCGUCUUCCUCACCGUCUGCUUCGUCUGGUCCAAUGCUGCCUCGUUCAUCAACAGGGGUCCUCCAAAGUUCCCAGAUGUAAUUCUAUCUGAAGUCCAAUGCCUCAAGAUUGCUCAUCUUCUGAGGAAAGAAAUCAACGAGGCCUUCUUAACAUUACGCCAUGUUGCUUCCGGGAAAGACCUCAAAACAUAUCUGAUGACGAUUGGAGGCCUGUGGUUCAUUUCUAUAAUUGGGAGCUGCUUCAGCUUCUUGACUCUGUCUUACACUAUCUUCCUGAUGGCAUACACGUUACCCAUGCUGUACGAGAAAUACGAAGACGAGGUCGAUGUUGUGGGCGAGAAGGCCCUGGUCGAGAUCAAGAAGCAAUACGCAGUCCUUGAUCACAAGCUUCUCUCAAAGAUCCCAAUGUUGUCUGAGAAGAAAGAGCAUUAAACUGAUGCUCUGGAGACCCAAAAAAAAGCACUUUACAAUUUUUGUCAAUUUGCAACUCAGCAUAUCUCACUGAAGUUUAGUCUAUUUCGGUUUCAUCAUCUAGCAGUACUUGGGAUGACAUGACAUGAUAGAUAUGGUUUUGAUCCUGCAGCAUCCGAAAAAAACCGGGCUUUUCUUUUUCAGAGCACUAGUACAGGACACUGUCGACGGUCACAUGGAGUAGUUGCUUGCUUCUGUUUUCAGAAAAUUUCACUUCAUAUUUUUGAGAUUCUGUUUGGUCACAAGAUACGUAUGACAGACAAUUUACUAUAACCAUUUGCUAUAUGCAUGUAUUAUUUAUUACUGUAUUCUGAUAUUGAGAAGACAAUACUAAUUAGCAGCUUAAUUCA